CUCUAACUUUUAAAAAGAUGGCAAUACUUUUAGAGGUUAUCGAAAGAGAAACACCAGCAGCAGAAAUAUCAUUUGAACUGUAAAUUUUUCUGUCACCAUGGGUUUAUUUAAUAAAUUAUUUAGUGAUCUAAUUAAAAAUUCAAUAAAAGGUACACAAGUUGUGAAGAUUCAUCGAGUUUCACAAUUUUCUACUAGUAGCCAUAGAAAUGCUCAGGUGACAGUGCGAGAUGCUCUCAAUGCAGCCAUGGAUGAAGAAAUGGAGAAAGAUGAAAGGGUGUUCUUGCUGGGAGAAGAAGUUGCUAUGUACGAUGGUGCUUAUAAGGUCAGUCGUGGUUUAUGGAAAAAAUAUGGAGAUAAAAGAGUGAUAGAUACCCCUAUAACAGAAAUAGGAUUUGCUGGUAUUGCAGUUGGAGCUUCUCUGGCAGGCUUGCGACCCAUUUGUGAAUUUAUGACUUUCAAUUUUUCAAUGCAAGCUAUAGACCAUAUUAUAAAUUCUGCAGCUAAAACAUUUUCUAUGUCUGCUGGUAUGAUUAAUGUACCAAUAGUUUUCCGUGGUCCUAAUGGAGCUGCCCAAGGUGUUGCUGCCCAACAUUCACAAUGUUUUGCUGCAUGGUAUUCCAAUUGUCCUGGUCUGAAAGUAAUAUCACCCUACAGUUCUGAAGACUGUAAAGGAUUGCUCAAAAGUGCUAUAAGAGAUCCCGACCCAGUUGUAUUCCUUGAAAAUGAGCUGUUAUAUGGUGUUUCUUUUGAAAUGUCUGAUGAAGCUAUGUCCAAAGAUUUUGUUUUGCCGAUUGGUAAAGCCAAAGUUGAAAAAAGUGGUCAGCACAUAACAUUGGUGGCACAUUCCAAGGCGGUCGGAACUUGCUUAGAAGCAGCAAAAGAAUUAACAAGUUCUGGCAUAGAUUGUGAAGUCAUUAAUUUACGCACCUUAAGGCCUCUCGACGAGCAAAGUAUUUUGAAUUCUGUUAUGAAAACUCAUCAUUUAAUCACCGUCGAACAAGGCUGGCCCCAAUGUGGUAUUGGAUCAGAAAUUUGUGCUAGAAUAAUUGAAAGUCCUGCAUUUGACUACUUAGACGCCCCUGUUGUUAGAGUAACAGGUGCAGAUGUACCCAUGCCUUAUACAAAGAGCCUUGAACCUCUUGCAAUACCCCAGGCACAAGACAUCAUACUGGCCGUUAAAAAAGUCCUCAAUGCUUAACUUCAGAACUAAUUGUAGAUAUUAUUAUUGACACAAUUUUUUUAAAGACUCUGUAAAAUACCCAAACCGACCUUAUUUUUAGAGAACACUAUGAUGACGGGACUUUUUUCUUCAUAUGUAUAAAAGACUUUAACGUUAUUUCAUUCGACAUAAUUUCUGAGAAAAUAUUUAUUGAAAAAAUAAAUUGUUAGUCAUUUACACCCA